CAAACUGAAACUGAAAGUAUUACUCAAGUUUGUAUAACACAAAGGCAUGGUAGGAGAGAAAGAACAACGAGAAAGAACAUGGAAGACGAAGAGAUGCCGGCUCUGAGUUAUAAUCUCCAGUGAACUCUUUUAAUCUUGAUUGUCUCUGUUGUUCUGGAACUGAGACCACUCCAAACAGAAGAAAGAUGCAGCAAUUGGGAGGGGAGGAGUGUCUGGUCCCUCAGCCUCGUGGGAGUUUACCCAAAGCCUGUGCGAUAGGAUUGGCUUCUGUGGUGGCGACGGCCAUCUUGGUUUUGGAGCCUGAGGGCUUCUUCAGACACGUUUCUGCAGCAAUACUCAUCCUGACUGUGGGGCCCUCGCUGCAUGGAGUGUUUCUUCUCUCAGAGGAAUGUCUUCAUCAUGCAACUACCAGGUACCGUGGUCGGAGGCUGGGUCAGAUGGUGACAGCCUGUGUGAGUGUAUGUACCCUCCUGUGUGUGGGUUUGGCAGUGCUGCUGUUUGUCUUGACCAAGCCCCAGCCCUGGAGGGACCGUUGGAGCAUGAUUAUCCUGGCCUGUGUCCUUUACCCUCUACUCAAAACCCUGGGAGUACUGGGUCCGUCUGAGGUGGAGGUGUCAGAGAUCUGUGAGACGAGGAAGAUGAACGUGGCUCAUGGCCUGGCUUGGUCUUUCCACCUGGGCUACCUCAACCUGGUUCUGCCUCGGUUGGAGGGUUCUAUCGCAGCGUUCCGUGCUUCACAUAAUGCAGGUCCGUUUGAGACCAGGGGUUCCAGAAAGCUCCUCAUUCUCCUUCCUCUCAACGCAAACAUUACUCACACGCUGGAGGACGAGGACACCAACAUCCAUUUCUAUGACAACCUCCCUGACACAGAGAUCGACAGGGCAGGUGUCAGGGGGCGUGUCUACAAGCACAGUGUCUACACCGUAUUGGACAAGGACAGACAGGCCCAUCACUGUGUUGUGGAGUAUGCCACCCCUCUGCUGACCCUGUAUAAGAUGUCUCAGGAGAGCAGUGCAGGGUUUGGGGAGAGGGACAGGAGAGAGCAGGUGCUGCUGUUCUACAGGACUCUACAGGACAUACUGGACCGCUCACUGGAGUGCAGGAACCGCUACCGCCUCAUCCUGCUCAACGAUGAACAUGAGGAUGACCCUCACUACCUGUCCAACUCCAUUCUGAAGAACCUGGAUCAACAGGAGAAAGAAGAGUUCUAUGUUCCCCCUUUCAUCCCUCAGCCUGAGGUGGACCACCCAUCCAAUGCCCUGCCCAUCAUCGUUGACUGGCACCGAGCUGAGCCAAUGAGCAGGGUGCCUACGAUCAUGAUCAGUCAAGACAUGCCACGUACGCUCAGGGAACCGGUUGAGAAUUCGGAAGACCUUUCUCCAUGAGACAGGUCUGGAGAGAUAAACAAAAUAAAUUGCAGUUAUGCACAACAGCAGCAGCACUACACCAGGCUGCAAGGCAGGAAGCACUCAAAGCCAUCUCAAAGUAGAGCAACAAGGCAUUGCCUUCCCCUUUACACCGCCACUCAUUACUUAACUUACAGUGCAUUUGGAAAGUAUUCAGACCCCUUGACUUUUUCCACAUUCUGUUACGUUGGUCUUAUUCUAAAAUGGAUUAAAUUGUUUUUCUGCCUCAAUCUUGAUGGUCAGAUUGCAUACUAACAGAGGAAUAACAGAACAUUGUUAAUGGUGUAAUACAAUCCUGUGUUGGCUGUAACGUUUGGCCACAUACUGUAAGUGUUGUGUUUCUAUAUGUAUACAAACAAACAGAAUUCAGGGUCAAGUUACAACAACAACCCUGCUCAUUCCUCUCAUUGUGUGCAUGUUGUUCUACACUCAGUUUUGUAAUUCAUCUGUCUGUACUGUAUGUAUGGGCUCCCGAGUGAAGCAGCGGUCUAAGGCGCUGCCUCUCAGUGCAAGAGGUGUCACUACAGUCCCUGGUUCGAAUCCAGACUGUAACACAUCUGGCCGUGAUUGGGAGUCCCAUAGGGCAGCACACAAUUGGCUCAGCGCCGUCCGAGUUUGGCCGGUGUAGGCCGUCAUCGUAAAUAAGAAUUUGUUCUUAACUGACUUGCCUAGUUAAAUAAACCUCUUAAAGGUUAAAUAAAAAAGAAAACUAUGAUGGAUUUACAUUAUUUGCAAAGACAGAAUGUGCAUACCUGAACCAUGGGGUGAAUUAGAAGGGGAGAGAAGGGAGAGCCUGAGGGACACUGAAUAUUAACAGCUUUAUCAUUCCAAAUAGUAGUGGUACGGUAGUAGGGGUGAUGGUAAUGAUAGCAGUUUAAUGAUGGUGGUGGUAGUAGUAAUGAUGAUGGUAAUUGUAUUACUGAUGUAAUGGUGAGAAUGACAGUUAGUUAUAGUUUCAUUUUCUGGGUUUAAACUUUUAUCUUUAUAUUUCUACUAUUGACUGUUACAAUUUUAUUGUUGUUAUUAUUUGUAUUUUUUUCUUUAUAUGUAAUUUAUUUACUAACAUUUUAUAUUAUUACUCUUCAUUAUUUUAUUAUAAUAUACAUUAUUGCUUUUGCAAUUUACAACGCAAUGUUUUUCAUGCCAAUAAAGCAACUUGAAUUUGA